AUGGAAGGUUUAUAUAAGGAGGUUAGAGUUGAAAUUGCAUUCGAAAAUUUGUCCCUCGAUUUGAAAACCAACAAUAAGAGAAUUUUACAUAAUUUAAAUGGUAAAUUCAGAGCUGGUAGAUUGACCUGUAUUAUGGGCCCUAGUGGUAGUGGUAAGACCACCUUGUUAUCAGCUAUUAGUGGUAAGGCACCUUAUGCCAAUGUGGUUGGUGAUAUCAAGAUUAAUGGUGUCAAGAGUUCCAUGAAGAAAUUCAAAAACGUUUGUGCAUUUGUUCAACAAGAAGAUUGUAUGCAUAGAGAGUUGACUGUUGAAGAAUGUAUUUAUUUCUCUGCCAGAACUAGACUGAAUGCAAAAGUGAGUCAAAAAACAAUUGAUUCCAUUGUAGAUGGUGUUAUUCAAAUUUUGGAUUUGAAUCACGUAAGACACUCAAUUAUUGGCGAUGAAACAAAGAGAGGUAUUUCAGGUGGUCAAAGAAAGAGAGUCAGUAUUGCUAUGGAAUUGGUUGCUUGUCCAUAUGUUUUAUUCCUUGAUGAACCUACUAGCUCCUUGGAUGCCUACAGUAGUUUUGAAGUAUCGAAAGCAAUGAAGGAUAUUGCCUCUAGUGGUAUAACAGUAGUGGCAGUGUUGCAUCAACCUAGAUUUGAGAUAUUUGAAAUGUUUGAUGAUGUUGUCUUGCUUGGUAAUGGAGGUAGAAUUGUUUACAUGGGACCUUCUAAGGAUGCUCUGAACUAUUUCUCUGAGAAACUUCAAUUGGAACCUCCUCCAUUUGUUAAUCCAAGUGAUUUCUUCCUGGAUGCUAUU